AUGGCCCAAGCUGCCCCGGGCCUCGCGCCGGAGCGCAAUGAGCCUCCCUGCUACAACUGUGGCAUACGGGGCCAUAUGUUCACGGCAUGUCCUGAAGAGCCUAGAAAGGUACCAGCCGGGUUAGAGGCAUCUUGGGCGCGACAGCAGCCAAGCAAUAGUCCUCAUAAUGAUCAUGUCACUAGUAAGCGAGGCAAAGGACCGGUAAUUACGCGUUACCCUCCUCCUCCUCCGCUUCCUCCACCCCCCGCACCGUCUCAUCAUCCACCUCCGAUGUCUCGUUUUGAGAAUUCGCCGCCGCAAUCCUAUCACCCGGGCCCGGUGCCGGGAUAUCCACCGCAAUCAUUAUACGGUCCGGGACAUGGAGGCCACCCUCCUCCGCCAAACACAUCUUAUGAUCGAUUCGGACCUCCACCGCCUGGUCUUCCUCAGUCGUUGAACGCACCGCCAUAUCAUAAUGCGUAUGGUGCCACAUAUGGUCCCCAAGGACCUGUUCACGGGCCUUACGACCACCAAGCCCCCCCUCCUGGACGCCCUGGCCAGUAUUUUCCUAAUGAUUACCCUCCCGGUCCUCCUAAUCGCCCUACUCAGUAUCCACCAAAUCAAUAUCCUCCAGGCCCUCCAUAUGGAGCACCGCCGCAAUAUCCCCCUGGCCCUCCACAGUAUCCACCGCCACCCAAUUUUGUACCUCCACCCGCACCAUACGGAUAUCAUGGCCCACCUCCCGGAUAUCCUCAAGGCGGAUAUAGCCCACCUCAGCAAGGUCCUCCUCCCCCAGUUUAUCCCCCAUAUCCACCACCACCAGUGGAUCCUUCCCAUGGGCAGCCGUACGGUGAUGACAGACAUCGCCAUCAACGAGGUCGAGACCAACAUCGCUAUGGUGAUAGACGUUCAAAUGACGCUUGGCACUCACAGGAUGGAUGGCACAAUGUGCAGUUGCCAGAUGACCAACCUAGGGAUUAUUAUCAGCGCGACUGGCACGAUAAGCCCUCGUAUCACGAAGAAAGAGGUUCCCGAAGAUGGGGUCACGGUAGGCCCUCAGAUGAGCGCCGUCGAGAACGGCAUGAUCGAUUUCAUCCGUACAAAAAUUCGGACAGAUCGGAUAGACAGAGUAGAUGGAGACAGCAACCGGCGGUAACAUCGGGUCGAACAACCCCUCAUAGGCGAAACUCCUUAGACCGUGAGACGCCAAUAACUAUCAAGACCGACCAAGAUCGCGAGCCUGGCGAGAUAGUAUCGGAACCAACUUCGGCAUCAGUUCAUGGCGACGCAGAUACCGCGGCCGAUACAAUUAUAAAUCAAGGCGAUGAGGAGUUUGACUGGGAUGAGCGCACCAUUUUUCUAGAACCUCCAUCAUCAGGCAAAGUAGACCCGAUUGCAGCACCUCUUCCAGCUCUGUAUUCCGAGGAUGUGAUGAUACCUCCGGCAUUCGAUGCUAAGGCUUUGAAGUCGCGAUAUAUCACUCCACGCAAUGUCGAUGACUUCGCACAAAGCGUCCGAGAGACUAGAGACUGGCAUUUCGUACAGUAUCACCCCGCGUUCUUAGAUAUUACAGAAAUCCACCCCGGAAAGUUAGAUGAUUACGAAAAAGCGUCCCGAGACGCAUCUAUGAGGAACAACCGCCGAGACCGAUCCAACAACUCGCAUGAUGUUAGCAAGCAUCGCUAUGGCAACUCUAAAGGAUUGGGACGACAUUAUGGAAAGAAUCAGGAGCACCGCUACAAGCCUGACCAAAAGAAAAGACGAUGGGACGAGUUUCAUAGUAAUGGCAAUAAUUCCGGAGUGGAUAAUCGGUCGCGUAGCUUUCCGUAUCAUGAUUCACACAACAAAAGGAUCAAAACCACGUCUCCCGAGCCUGGCGAAGUUAUCGAGAGUGGCCAAGAAACCCCCUAUGAGCCUUCAAACCCGCCCGCAAUUUCAAUAGAUGACCAGAAGCCAGCGGCGAAACCAGACGAUAUACAUAAUAGCAAGCCAUCGUCUCCAAGCGCCCAUUAUGGGAGCGACGGUCUAAAUCAGGGAACGAGAAGCCAACGACCCAACUCCCUGUCUGUCGAUGAUCAGAAUCGGCUCAACGCUCAGUCGCCAGUACCACAUGAAGAACCUGCCAGAUCGCCUCGGUCAUACAGUCGGCCCCCAAGCAGACAAAACAAUGGUAGUAUUCAUAAAGGUCGCUCAAGCAGCCGGCGCUCUUCAUUCGGGUCUAAGGUGUCCGAACCUCCGGGGUCUCCACUCGAUUCUAUCGAGCGCGAACUUCUCGGAUUAGAACGGCCACCAAGCAGUGGUAGUAAUGCCGAAGAAGAUUCACCGAAACGGCGUUUCAAGGACGCGACUCCCAAAUUCAAACGCCGACAGCCCAUGCUUGAUGCGUAUUCGUAA